AUGAUCACUAAUUAAAUGUUAAACAUAAACCAAAAGGUUAUUUUAAAAAGAAUUGAAAUUUUAACAAUGUUAGAAUUUACAGUCAAUUGGAUACUAUUCAUUAUAUAAGAGUAUUUGAUGCAUUCAUGGUUCUUCUUUAUAACUGUAUAGUAAUAUAUUAAACAUCAUAGAUUUUUACUUAUCUCAUUUUAAAUAUUGUCGAAAUUCACAUUAUUGGUUACUCAAAAUAACUUAUACCUUACCAUCUUCCAUUAGUGUAAAUAUUAUUGUUAAAAUAAUAGAUGUUUGCCAUUUUUAGUAAUUUUACUUAUAAUUAUGACAUUCAUUUAUGGGAUAAAUAUUUAAUUGUUUCUGCUUUUAUUCUAAAUCCUAUUCUAAUGCUUAAAAAUAAAACUUAGAUCAUUUUUAUUGAUAGGUCACUAGGAUCGUCAAUAACACAUAUAACUUGAAACAUUGCAUGCUUAAUGA